GAGUGGUUGAGGAUGCCUCGAUCUCAGUAUGGACGGUGUCCAUGUGACGUGAGGCUGCAUCACAGGCGUGGCACUCGAGGCACUUGGGGGGUCCCCUUUGACGUUUAGGGGUGAAGUACUAUCGUUUUGCAGGUUUCAGAUAUGUCUGCAUUAGGAAGUUCUUCCAGCUGUCACAAAUGUGUGUUCUGCAACCAGCAGUUCUUCUCAAAAGCUGAACUGCAGAACCACUUUAGGCGUCAUGCUAAUGGUGAAAUUGAUAUCAAAGGUCAGCCAAAACUUCUACAGACUACACAGGAAAAGCUGAAUGUCAAGAAUGAUGACAAGGCUUUAAAUGAAGUCAAUGAAAGAGCAUCAGGUAGUACUACCAGAAUUAGAAAAGGAGACACUGCAGUAUGUGAUAUUUGUGGGGAAAUCUUCCGCACUGUAUCUCUUGCAAUUUCUCACAAGUUCCGCAAACACCCAGAGUCUGUCAUCAAGCAUUACUGUCCUCACUGUGGUAUGAUGUUCCCUAUCAAGUUAAACCGGGAUAAGCACUUGCUGACUCACCCCGGCACGGCUCCAAAGCAACUGUUUCCCUGCCUUACUUGUGGAGUGGCAUUCUACAAUCAAAGAGCAAGAAAGUUCCACAUGGACUCAGCACAUAAAGGUGCUAUUUGCAUGGUUAAUCCAAUCAAGACCCCAGGUCCAAGCCUGAAGAUUAUAUUAAAUAAUGCAGGAGAAGCGCAUAGUGUUUACUACUGUCAUCUGUGUGGCUGUGAGUACCAGGUGAAAUAUAACUUGCAGAAGCAUCUAUCGACGCGGCAUACUGAAGAAGAGCGUAAUGUUGUGCCAGAGGAAGUGGUGCAGUGCAACUUGUGUUCAGCUCUGUUUUACUCGAAGAGGGCCUACGAAGCGCACAGUCAUCAUCAUCGUGAGGGUGACAUGUUUGCCACCAACGAAGAGAUGAGACAACAGGUUGUGCAAAGAAUAGAUCAAGAUUUUGACCAGCGUAGGGUUCCUUCAACUAUUGAACGUUACCUCUCUGCCUCUGCCAUCAGCUUGAACCGUUCUGCUACUUGGCGGAACAUUCGAGCUGCGAGAAGAACUAAAGUUACAGAACAGUCUGCAUUAUCAUCGGAAAUGCCAUUGUGUAAAGACAUUACUUCAUCAAAGGUGCCUUAUGCUGAUACUUCAACAUCCAAUGUACAAACAGAGUAUCGAACAGAGGAAUCCUUAGAGAUGAAAUCUCCUUUGUUAUCAUCAAGUGUACUUGAUAUGACUGAAGAUGAAAAGAUGUCUGAAGAGUUUAAUGACGAACCUGAAAAGAGAACUUUAGAUAAAGAAGUUAAUAGUUUCAUCCCGAAUGAGAAUAUGUGCUGGGUAACAGAGGAGAGGAUUGAAACCAAAAAGAGGAUGCUGGAUGACCCUGAAGAGGAUGAUUGCGAUAUAAAUAGCUUAGGGACUGUGAACCCAGACUCUGUCAUGUCUAAUACUAGAGUCAUGGCUGGAGAAUGUUGUAGCAGUGAUAGCGCUCUAGAGAAAUCUGAAAAACCGAUAAAAAUUAAUGAUAAGAAUGAGAAUCCUGAGGAAAUGGAUAUUGAAACAAAGAGGGAACAAGGAAGACUUCAUUCUGGCAGUCAUUUGGAAGGAAAGGAUAGUGAUGGGAGUGACAGUGGAGAGCUUGUGGUUGAGAAAAUUGUUGGAAUUCGACGUAAUGUUCACGGUCGAGAGUUCCUUGUUAGGUGGCGUGGGUUUGAGCCAGCAGAUGACACGUGGGAAAGAGAGGAGUUUCUAAACUGCACUGAACUUAUCUCGGAUUUUCUCAAGAAUAAAAAGAGCAAGAUGAGUGCGAUGAGUAAUGACGCUGCUAUUGAGUGGUAUGAUGCACCCAGGCAGAAGAGACGGAAGCAAAGUCAAACCACAGGGGCCACAGAAGAGGUCUCUUAAUAAAGUGGUUGGUGGUGCCUGUAUAUUAAUGCAAUUUAUCACAAACACUAAUUUAAAGAUAUUGAGGAUAUUGCACUAUCCUUUAAUAAUCAGCACUGUUAAACACACACACAUGCACAAUUGUACAAAUAAGAACUUGCAGAAUUAACACUGUAGUCAUAUGAUUAUAAUUGACUCUUAUAUGAACCUCAAAUAUUUUAUCUAAUUGGUUUUAUUUGUAUUAAUUAAGAGACAAUACAUGAGCGAGUGUGUUAAGUGGUUGGGCAGCACCAUUCCUCUACCCUGUUCUUAUAUCCCAUCAGUGUGCUACAGUAUAUACCUUAUCAAACUAAAAAUGUUUUAAUAAAUUCUUAUAGCCUUUGAAUGUAGUGCACAACUCGACAGUAUCACAAAAUUAGGGGCAUGUGGAGCAUAACAAUCCACCCAUGCCACAACUACCAAAUUAAUAACAUUACAUUACAGCAGUUUGAUGAAGAAAAGGACUUUGGAUUUAAAAUCCACCACUCAAUGAAAGUUGCAUAGCAGGUAGGUACAGCUGUCAAAAAAGCUAACCAAACACUUGGAAUAAUCAAGAGUACCUUUGACUUUAAGGAAAAGGAGGUAGUGAUUCAAUUGUAUAAAUAUCUGGUGUGCCCUUAGUUGGAUUAAUGUAUCCAAGCAUGGAAACCUGAUCUUCAGAAGGACACAGCUGCUCUGGAGAAAGUGCACCACCAGGCAACAAAAAUCAUUCCAAGAGCUAAGUCAACUCAUGUACAAGGAACAGUCAAGGGCCACAGGGCCUACAACACUGCAAAUCAGGCAUGACAGGGUGGAUCUCAUUAAAACUUUUAAAAUACUGAACAAUUUGG